AUGCCGAUGGCGACGCCGGGCGUGGCCAGUCGCGAGGCCCUGCAGGUCCCCAGGGUGUGCGCGGGGGUGUCCAGGCUCCCCAUCCGCCCGAGCGCGGGCCGGAGCCCCGCCAGGGGCGCAGUGAGCUGCAGGGCGAAACAGAAUGGCACCACUGGGCUCCAGGAGGUGGGCCAGGCGGUGAGCGCCGCUGCGGCGGCCGUGAUGCUGGGCCUUGGGGCGGUCGCCGGGCCCGCGUUGGCUGCCGAGUUGGACAUCCUACUGGAGCCCACACCAACUUCGCGAUAUGUCAUCGAUGACGCUGGCGUGCUGAGCAAAGCCACCAAAAGGGAGCUGAACGAGAGGCUGCAGAAAUUGGAGGCGAAAACAAACUACCGGCUGGAGGUUGCCACCGUCAGGAAGCUGGAGUUUGAAACCGAUCCUUUUGCUUUCGGUGACAAGGUCAUUGAGAAAUGGUAUCCAUCUGUGGAACAAGGAACGAACAAAGGAAUUCUGCUGGUCGUGUCUUCCGCCAAGGAGGGAGCUCUGACAGGGGGGCCAGGUUUCCUCAAGGCUGUUGGCGACGACCUCAUCGACAGCAUUGUUGGGGACAACAUUCCCAUCUUCACGGAGGAGGAGAAGUUCAAUGAAACUGUUCUCAGCAGUGUAAAGAGAAUAGAGGCCACGUUCACAGGACAGGAGGACCCAGGUGCGCCAGAAAGGGCGGACAGAACCCGCAAGCGCACUUACAGGACGAAAGCGGAGACGGAAAAGGGCAAGGGCGUCACAUCAACGGUUGUCAUUAGUCUCCUCGUCAUUUCAUUUGUUGUACCCAUGCUCCAGUAUUAUGGCUAUACUGCCAAGGAAUGA